AUGCCUACAAGGUUUAUCCCGGUGCCAACCUUGACGUCAUGGAAGGAAUCGUUCGAAAUCGAAGACUGCGAGGUCAACAACAAUGAGAUUGAUAUCUCAGACAAUCUACCUCUUGAUUUGUCAAUCCCUACGACUUUGGAACACCGAGUUCUAGAAAACAACGCUCCAAAGAUCAAUGCUCCGUCCGACGAUCACUCUUUCCACAUUCCGUCUGAUUACCUUCUUCCCCAUCCCGAUACCUUUGAGCUCACCGAUGACGACGACGAUGUUGAAAUGGCGGGUAGUUUUGGUAGGUUUAUGGAGGCACAACGGGAGGAUAAUGGUGUCCACUUUGAAGCAGGUGGAUCGGGGGCUCUCGUGGAGCCACAAUCUGCUUCCCGUCAGGUUGUCAAUCAGGAUUUUCGCUUGGAUUUCUCCCAUCUUGAUCUUGUUCCGGAUGGCUCGCCUAAUCCAAAUUACGUCCCUACAACGAGAGAUCGUUCAUCUGAUCUAGAUGCUGCCUCUGGCCAAUGA